GCGGCCGGCGUCGAGCAUGAGGGACCGUCUGGCGGAGCUGCGGCGGCGAGCGGCGGCCGAGGGGGACCCGCAGGGGCCUGCCCUGUGCUUCGACAACGCCGCCUGCGUCAGGGACGACGCCGGCCCCGUCGGCCAGGCGCUGCGGGAGGCGGCCGAGCUGUGGCGGGCGCUGGACGGGCUGGAGCAGCUCUCCCUGAGCAUUGAGCGCACGCAGCAGACGGUGCUGUGCUGCACCUCCGAGGACGGCGUCGCCGGCGCGAAGCUGGCGCUCAGCGCUGCCAGGGCGGCCUUCGCCCGCGAGGCCGUGGCCCUGCAGCCCCGGCUGGCCGCCCUGCUGGCGGCGCCCGAGGCGGGCACGGGGCGAGCGGGCCCCCGCAUCCGCCAGACGCAGCUGUGGCUGCUGCUGCGCCGCUACCGUGCCGUCCUCGCCGGACACUACGCCCGCGAGAGCCGCUACCGGCAGAGGCUGAAGGAGCAGAUGGAGAGGCAGGCGGAGCUGGCGGGCAUCGCCCUGGGCGCAGAGGAUUUGGACCGGCUGGCCGAGACCCCCGAGGUGCCCCGCAUCGUGGGCCGGGACCUGGAGGAGCUGAAGGCCAAGCAGCACCUUGCCACGACGCGGGCGCGCCAGCAGCAGCUCCUCGACCUGGAAGCUCAGAUGGUGGAGCUGCACGGGCUGUUCCUGCAGCUGGAGGGGCUGCUGGUGGAGCAGCACGGGGCUGCCGACAGCGUGGAGCAGCACGUCCUGCGCACCCUCGACUACGUGGCCCAGACGGGUGGCGAGGUGAAGAAAGCCCUCAAGUACCAGAGGCCGUCGCGGCUCUCGGCGCUGCUGACGGCCGCACUUGGCCUCUGCGCCUGCUGCCCCUGCCUGCCCUGCCUCCCACGGGCCUUCCCCUCCGCCUGAGGCAAGCUCCAGAGACUCCAAUGCUUGGGGAGUUUUAAACUUUUAUUUAGAGACCAAAAAUAAGCCCAUGGAAGGGUUUGGAACGCUGGUUGUUAGGUGCGAGGGGAUGCGAUGGCUCGGUGCUGCCGUGGAGCAGCCUGAAGGCUCCACCAGCACAGCUCAAUCUUUAUCCUCCCCACUUUCACAAGUUUUGCUUCCUUUUUCAGCACACACCGAUGUGGCAUUUUCACUGUGGCAGGUUGGUACACGGGCAGGUGGGUCUGGCACAGCUAUCCCGAAGGGUUCACCCCAUGGUGUGACGCUGUGAGGGUUUCUUUGCCAUUGAAGCAGGGUUUUUUGGGGGACUGCAGGAGAUGGGCUCAGACUCCAACCCACACAAACCAGGCAAUACCACACGUGUGCUUGGAAGCUUGGUGACCCUGAGGUACCACCUGCAUAUCCUAAAGCCUCUCAGAGACAAGAGCCUGGUGAAGUUUCUGGGGAACCCUUUGUGGAAGGUCCCUUUGUGACCCUGCCGUUGCUGGGGUCAGGUCCCAGCUGUCUCAGCCACCUCAGGGCUGUUUUUCAUCUCCUGGUUGAGCUUUAAUAAAACAAUUUUUCAAUAA